GAUGCACACCUCCAGCACCACGUGUAGUCUGGGUUCUUCUGACGAGAACACCGUGAGCCAGGCAGACGAUGGGUUAAAGACCGUCCACCUGGAGUUAACGGAGACCUGUCUGGACAUGAUGGCUCGAUACGUCUUCUCCAACUUCUCAGCGCUGCCCAAGAGGUCUCCUAUAGCAGAGUUCCUUCUGGCGGGGGGUCGCAGUAUGACCUGGCUGGUGGGUAACAAGCUGAUCACCAUAACGACCAGCGGUGGGGUCAGGAGUCAGGCCUUACUGGGAAUGGACAUGGCUGAGAGGCUGGGAGGAGGGGGAGAGAUGACCAGGUCAGACCCCUCCCUUCACACCCGUCAGACCAAAGAGGCUCCGGCCAAACUGGAGUCCCAGUCCAGUCAACAGCUCAACAGAGCCUCACGCAUCAGAGUACGAUCCAUGUCAGGUGGCCAUGCCCUCCGUGCAGGUCCAGCCCAGAGCCUCAGCCCCCUGGUCUCACCCUCUGAGGGGGGAGAGCUGUGUGGUGUCCCCCUCUCUCCCCCCUCCUCCUCCUCCGGCCCCUGUCUGGAUGGCCUGGAGCCCCCCUCUCCUUCCCCCUGUCCCCCUAAGGACCCCCUCAAAGACAAGCCCAGCCUGGCAGAGUUCCUGCCCGUUCUGACCCAGGGAUGGGCCGAGAUCUUCAUACGCAGACCCUCAGGUAACACCAGCUGGUUGAUGUGUCUGGAGAACCCUCCCAGUCCCUUCUCCUCUGAGCUGGGUAACAUGCCUCUCCAGGAGCUGUCCUCUGUCCUCAUGGCCAUGGAGGGGGUCAAGGAGCCCCCCACUCAGACUGCCAGCGCCCCCGCCAGCACAGCCACGCCCGCCCCGACCCCCGUAGCCCUUAACCCCCCUGGACUCAUCCAAGGGGGCAAGCCUGGACUCAUCCAGCGCUCUAACACAGUGGGCUCUCUCUCCUCUCUGGGUCUGUCCUUCGCCCCGCCCCCAGUUCCGGUUCGGCUCCAACGGAGCAUUUCCUGGGCAGACUCUGUGGUAGUGCUAGAGGGGACAGGGGUCAGGGGCCACGUAGACUACCCCUCUGAUUGGCCAGAGGCGGAGAAGUUUGAGGCCAUGCCCUCCGAACCCAUCUACAUCGCUGCUGACAAGUUCAUCAAGGCCCUGCCCCCUAGAACACUCAGCAGGUCGUCCUCCAGUUCCAGCCAGGAAGAUGAGAAGUCCACCCUGGAGGAGGUGAGUGAGGGGUUCAUCCCCAUCGACCAGCCCCCCCUGGCCCCCUCCACCCCGGGCAGCCAAGGCCCAGAGCUCCCCUUCCAGACCCAGAACCAGCCUGAGACCCAGACCCUCAACAAGUCCAGCUCCUCCCCUGAGCUCCAGACCCUACCAGAGGCCUUCCCCAAGACCACAACAGGACCCGGGGCCGGAGGAGGAGAGGCACCCGGGGUUCGGUCCCCCUCGGAGGGGAAGAGCCAGCCACAACAGCCCCCGGCAGAGAAAGAGAUGGAGAAGGUGGAGAGUGGAGGAGGGGUGAACAGACAGAAUCAGAGUGGGGAUACCACCCCAGUGACAGGGGGGUUGUCUGGGACAUCGGGAGGAGGAGGGGUGAACAGACAGAAUCAGAGUGGGGAUACCACCCCAGUGACAGGGGGGUUGUCUGGGACAUCGGGAGGAGGAGGAGGUUCCUCUUCCUCGCAGGGAGCCAGGAUGAGGUUGGAGUUCCCAGCGCCCCACCAGCCUGGACCCCUCUCCCCCAGCGGAGGGCACCGUCCCAGGGGUCACACCAUCUCAGUGUCGGCCCCCUCCUCCAGGAGAGAGAGGAUAGGAGGAGACGCGUACCACACCACCCGGCCCGGACCCACCAACACUGAGAAGACCAGUGGACUCAGUCCCAGUUUUGUGUUCCUUCAGCUCUACCACUCUCCCUUCUUUGGCAACGAGGCCAACAAGCCUCUCCUGCUGCCCAAGUCUCAGCUGAUCGACAGAGCGGUGAAGGUUCUGGACCAGAUGCCUCCGUACGAUACCCAUAAGAUUGGAGUGGUGUUUGUCGGAGCUGGACAGGUAUUCAACGAGGUGUCCAUCCUGUCCAAUGAGUAUGGUUCUAACCGCUACGCUGGCUUCCUGACCGGCCUGGGGAAGCUGAUCCACCUGAAGGACUGUGAUCCAGACCAGAUCUUCCUGGGGGGUCUAGACCAGUAUGGAGAUGACGGGGAGUUUACCUACUGCUGGCACGAUGACAUCAUGCAGGCCAUCUUCCACAUAGCCACCCUGAUGCCCAACAGAGACAGUGAUAAGGGCUGCUGUAACAAGAAGAGACACAUUGGAAACGACUUUGUUAUGGUGGUUUACAACGACUCGGGAGAGGAGUACAAACUGGGGACCAUCAAGGGUCAGUUUAACUUUGUUGAGGUGAUCAUUAAGCCUCUGGACUACGGAAGUAACCUGGUCACCCUGCAGUGCAGGAAAGAUCUGGAGGGUCUAGUUGACACCAGUGUAGUGAAGAUCGUCUCAGACCAAAACCUUCCAUUGCUGGUACGACAGAUGGCCCUACACGCUAACAUGGCAUCUCUGGUCCACCAGUACAGAGCAAACCCUUCUGAUGCCUACGCCUCCAAGUGGCUGGCCAGACUACGACACAUCAAGAGACUCCGGACAAGGGCCCAGGAGGAGAUCCAGUCUCGUCCUACCCCCGGUAUCUCUCUGACCCAGAGCCACUCCUCCCAGACCAAACAGUCCUCCUACCAGCAGGUCAGCGGAGGAGGCUCCAACACGGACUCCUCCGGACAGAGGAAGAGACUGGUCUCCACCGUGGACGACUUCACCGACUUCGUCUGAGCCUUGAGGACGCCUUCCCAGUGUCAAAUGUCUAUACUAGUAUACUACUGAGGGUCAAAUGGCAUCCUACUCCCUAUAUAGUGUGCUACUGUUGACCAGAGUCAUAUGGACCAUGGUCAACAGUAGUGCACUAUAUAGGGAAUAGGGUGCCCUUUCACACAUAGUAUGCAUCCCCAAUACAUUGGUUUCAUACUAUGUAGUAUGCUAGUAUGGAUAUUGUAACGGAGUGAUAUUUCUGAUACUGUUUCCGGUCCCCCUGCUCAAGGCAGACGUUGCCUCCCUCACCACAGAUCUAGGAUCAGGUUAUCCGAGUGGUUCUAAUGUCCACUAGCAGGAGGAUAAUAAAAUACCUGAUCCUAGAUCUGUGUUUAGUCAGGGACAACAUUGACCUGCUUUCGCUCUUUCUCUCUUGAUACACACACACACACACACCGGUUGAAUAACUUCCUGCUUUCUACCUAUAUGAUUUGACGAUUCUCUCCCAGACAUUUGUCUUGACAAGCUGAUGUGGCUUUUCAUCCAACUGCUCCCAUGAAUUAGUUGUGCUGGUGAUGAGAUGACCGGUACAGAUGGUGCAGCCUAACUAACGCUGCGUCCCUAUUGUCUUUCUAAUACACUGUGCUUGACCAGGACACGUGGGCUCUGUCUAAAGUAGUGCACUAUGUAGAGGGAAUAGGGUGCCAUUUGGAACGCAGAGAAUGACCCCCCCGUGGUUUACACAGCUGACGCACACCCUUUCAUCCCUCUCCUCAUUUCCUUCUCUCAUCCCCUCGCAAAACCACUCAGAAGGAAGUAUGGUGAAUGAGAAACACGACAUUUGAAAGCUGUGUGUGUACAGAAUAAACAAAACAAAUAGCCAA